CAGCCCUGCUGGUCUCUCCCUACCUCCCCCCAGCCCCAAUUAUCUGCCAUUUGAGUGACAAGCGAGCUUGCGAAGCGUUCUGUUGGCCAAAGACUGGGCAAAAUCAGCUGCUGUUGCGCCUCCCCCAACACCGACCAAAGAGGAAAAGCGGGUCCCAGAAGGGAAAGAGCUGGAAAUCCUGGGGGGGGGGGGUUUCUCCUGGCCAAAUAUGCCCUCACCCCACGGUUCCCGCAAAGGAGAGGAGAGCCACACCGACCAAGCACCAAUAGUGUAGUACGUUAGUCACAGCCACACCCCUCCCUCCUGCACUUUUUUUUUCUGCAGGGUUGAGAGUGAGGCCCUUGCCAAUGCCCGCUCCCAUGACAGACAUCCCUAAGAGCCAAUAAACGAGGAGAGUGUAAGCUACUGAGAAGAGUCUUCUCGGUGGCGGGCUCACCUUUCAUUCUGACUGGGAGCAUGCUAGAAGACUCUUCUCAGCGGCUGGCACACUCCCCUUCCCUGCCGAUUGGCUCACAGGAUGCUGGAGACAUAGCGACCCUGCUCCACCCCCCCCCCAAAAAGCGAGAUGUUUGAGACCCCUCAGGACGACUACACCCUUGCCAAGCACAGGCUGGACCCGCGGAGGGGGAGGGAAUCUCUGGCUUGCAGGUGCUUGAGAGCUGCUCCCUACGUUAAAAUGCCCUGUGGGAAGAGCCGUGAGAGUCCCAGAGGUGGCCCAAUCGUCUACCCUACUGCUGUGCAGCGACCCCAGGGUCUGUUGACCAUGCAGGGUUUAUUGACCUUUGAGGGUGUGGCCGUGUAUUUCACGGAGGAGGAGUGGGCCCUGCUGGAUCCUGGCCAAAGAGCUCUGCACAGGGAAGUCAUGGAGGAGAAUUAUGAGAUGGUGGCCUCGCUCGAAUCGGACCUCAGUUCCUGUUGGGAAGGAGAAGAUCUGCUUUUCCAGGAUCCCCAUGUAGAUGAGACAUCAGCAGGAGAUGAUGGGCAGAAGGUAAUAGCCAAGCAUGAAGCACAAAAAGACAUGUUUGGAAAUCACAAGAGACCAAAAAAGUUUGAAAGAAACCAGUCAGAGAAUGGGAGGAAUAAAUCCUCUGCUUCUCAGAUUUUGCAUCAAAGAACCUACACAGGGGAGAAACCAUUUCAAUGCACCGAGUGUGGAAAGAGCUUCAGUCGGAACUAUAAACUUACUGAUCAUCAAAAAACACACACAGGGGAGAAACCAUUUCAAUGCAUGGAGUGUGGAAAGCAUUUCAGUCAGAGAUGUAACCUUACAUCACAUCAAAGAACCCACACAGGGGAGAAACCAUUUCAGUGCAUGGAUUGUGGAAAGAGCUUCAGGGUAAGCAGUAGCCUUAUUUUACAUUACAGAACACACACAGGGGAGAAACCUUUUAAAUGUAUGGAGUGUGGAAAGCACUUUAGUCAGAGCAGUAAACUUACUUUACAUGAAAGAACCCACACAGGGGAGAAACCAUUUAAGUGCAUGGAGUGUGGAAAGAGUUUCAGUAAGAGCAGUAAUGUUACUUUACAUCAAAGAAUCCACACAGGGGAGAAACCAUUUAAAUGCAUGGAGUGUGGAAAGAGCUUCAUUGUAAGAAGCAGCCUUACAGUACAUCAAAGAACACACACAGGGGAGAAACCAUUUGAAUGCAUGGAGUGUGGAAAGUGCUUCACUCAGAGCAGUAAACUUACUUUACAUCAAAGAACCCACACAGGGGAGAAACCGUUUAAAUGCAGGGAGUGUGGAAAGAGUUUCAGUCAGAGCUGUAAACUUACUUUACAUCAACGAACACACACAGGGGAGAAGCCAUUUAAAUGCAGGGAGUGUGGAAAGAGCUUCAGUCAGAGCAGUAAACUUACUUUACAUCAGCGAACCCAUACAGGGGAGAAGCCAUUUAAAUGCAUGGAGUGUGGAAAGAGGUUCAGUCAGAACAGUCACCUUACUUUACAUCAAAGAACUCACACAGGGGAGAAACCAUUUAAAUGCAUGGAGUGUGGAAAGAGGUUCACUGGGAAUGGUAAGCUUACUUUACAUCGAAGAACCCAUAUAGGAGAGAAACCAUGUAAAUGAAUGGAAUGUGGAAAGAACUUCCGUGUGAGGGUUACUCAGCAUCUUUAAACUAGAGGACUAGUGGAAUCUAGGUGGUCAAUUCCACCUAGCACCCGAUCUUGCACAUACCAUCUUAUCAGUAGGUCCAUUCUGCAUGGUAUAGGAACCUAGUCUUUGCUGUGGUGACACCUACCCUUUGGAACAUAUUCAGAGCUUGGAAAAGUUACUUUUUAAAACUACAACUCCCAUCGGCACCAGCCAGUCACUGGAUUGGGCUGAUGGGAGUUGUAGUUCAAAAAGUAACUUUUCCAAGCUCUGAACAUAUUAGACAGGCGCUGUCGCUACUAUCGUUUUGGUGCAGAAUGGAAACCUUUUUUGUUUCCCCUCAGUAACCCUUUUCAGUGGAGAUCUUUAUCUCACUCCAUUUGUAUUGGCUUUAUAAAUGUAUUUUAAAGUUGUUAUUUAUGUAGUGGCUUGUGUUUUCAUUGCUGGUGUUUUUCACAUAUUUUAUAGGAAAUAAAAAAUGGAAAU